GGCCUGUCUCCAUGGCAGCCGCGCGGGCCGGAGUGCAGCUCGGAGCCGAGAGCGGCCCCGGCGCCAUCAAGCCUCUACGGCGCACUAGCAGAGAGUUCCUAUGCCGGCCUGAAACAGACUGAGCUGGACCACUGGAGCCUUGGGUUCCAGGGGCAAUGGCUCUACCUCUCCUGGCCCUGACCUUCCUGGGCCUCGUGGGCCUGGGAGCAAGCCUGCGGCCUCGCAAGGUAGACUUCUUCCGCAGCGAAACAGAGCUGAACCACUUGGUUGUAGAUGAGACCUCAGGUAUGGUCUAUGUUGGGGCAGUGAAUGCACUCUACCAGCUGAGUGCUGACCUGCGCCUGCAGCAGCUCGCUGUCACAGGCCCUGCCUUGGACAACAAGAAGUGCACACCACCCAUUGAACCUAGCCAGUGCCAUGAGGCACUACCUACCAACAAUGUCAACCAGCUGCUGCUGCUUGACCCAGUUGGGAAGCGCCUGGUUGAGUGUGGCAGCCUUUUCAAGGGCAUCUGUGCCCUGCGAUCCCUGAACAAUGUCUCAGUGCGCCUCUUCUAUGAGGAUGGCAGUGGUGAGAAGUCCUUUGUGGCUAGCAAUGAUGAGAAUGUGGCCACAGUUGGGCUGGUGAGUUCUACACACCCUGAUGGCAAGCAAGUGUUGUUUGUGGGCAAAGGCAAUGGGCCACAUGACAAUGGUAUCAUCGUGAGCACCCGCCUGCUGGACCGAGCUGAGGGCCGGGAGGCCUUUGAGGCCUAUUCAGACCAUACCACCUUCAAAGCUGGCUACUUGUCUACCAACAUGCAGCAGUUUGUGACAUCCUUUGAAGACGGCCUCUAUGUUUUCUUCGUUUUCAACCAGCAGGACAAACACCCUGCUCGGAAUCGCACACUGCUGGCACGCAUGUGCAAAAAUGACCCUUCUUACUACUCUUAUGUGGAGAUGGACCUGCAGUGCCAGGACCCUAGUGACCCCCAGGGCUCUGCCUUUGGAGCCUGCCUGGCUGCCUCUGUAGCCACACUGGGUGCUGGCAGAGUGCUCUAUGCUGUUUUCAGCAGGGAUGGCCGGAGCAGUGGGGGACCUGGUGCAGGCCUCUGCCUGUUCCCUCUGGAUGAGGUCCAUGUCAAGAUGGAAGCCAACCGUAAUACCUGCUACACAGCAACCAAGGAGUUAGCAGCUACACCCUCAAUCCGUGAUGUCUUCUAUAAGCCCUUCCAUGGCGAGAUCCAGUGUGGUGGUCACGUGCUAGGUGCCAGCGAGAGUUUCCCAUGUGGCUCAGAGCACUUGCCCUACCCACUGGGCAGCCGUGAUGGACUCACGACUACAGCCCUGCUACUGCGCAGAGGCCUGAAUCUGACAGCGGUGACAGUAACCACUGAGAAUGGCCACACUAUUGCUUUCCUGGGCACCUCUGAUGGUCGGAUCCUCAAGGUGUACCUUGCCCCAGAUGGCACUUCUGUGGAGUAUGGCUCUAUCCUCGUGGAGAUCAACAAGAGAAUCAAGCAGGACUUAGUACUCUCUGGAGAUGGGUCCAGUUUGUAUGCCAUGACCCAGGACAAGGUCUUCCGACCCCCUGUGCAGGAGUGUUUGAGCUACUCCACCUGUGCACAUUGCCGUGACUCCCAGGACCCCUACUGUGGCUGGUGUGUCAUCGAGGGACGGUGUACCAGAAGGGCCGAAUGUCCAAGGGCUGAGGAAACUGGCCACUGGCUGUGGAGCCGGGACAAGUCCUGUGUAGCUAUUACUGGUGCUCAGCCACAGAACAUGAGCAGGCGGGCCCAGGGGGAGGUGCAGUUGACUGUCAGUCCCCUCCCCACCUUGACCCAGGAAGAUGAGUUGCUUUGCCUCUUUGGUGAAUCACUGCCACAUCCUGCCCGCAUGGAGGGAGAUGCUGUCAUCUGUAACUCCCCAAGCAGCAUCCCUAGCACACCGCCAGGCCAGGACCACGUGGCUGUGAACAUCCAACUUCUCUUCAGACACGGUAGUGUCUUCCUCACCUCCCACCAGUACCCCUUCUAUGACUGCCGGGAAGCUAUGAGCCUAGUGGAAAAUUUGCCGUGCAUCUCCUGUGCCAGCAACCGCUGGACCUGUCAAUGGGAUCUACGUUACCAUGAGUGUCGGGAGGCCUCACCCAACCCUGAAGAUGGAAUUAUACGUGCUCACAUGGAGGAUAAUUGCCCCCAGUUCCUGGCCCCUAGCCCUUUGGUCAUCCCCAUGAACCACGAGACAGAAGUGACCUUCCAGGGCAAGAACUUGGACACCGUGAAGGGCUCCUCUUUGUACGUGGGCAGUGACCUGCUGAAGUUUGAAGAGCCAGUGACCAUGCAAGAGCCAGGGAUGUUCUCUUUUAGGACCCCAAAGCUGUCCCAUGAUGCCAAUGAGACACUGCCCCUUCACCUGUAUGUCAAGUCCUAUGGCAAGAAUAUUGACAGCAAGCUCCAAGUGACCCUCUACAACUGCUCCUUUGGCCGCAGCGAUUGUAGCUUGUGUCUAGCCGCAGACCCUGCCUAUAGGUGUGUGUGGUGCCAGGGACACAACAGGUGUGUGUAUGAGGCUCUCUGCAACAAUGUUACUUCUGAAUGCCCACCUCCAGUUAUCACCAGGAUCCAGCCUGAGACAGGCCCUCUGGGUGGAGGCAUCCACGUCACCAUCCUUGGGUCCAAUUUGGGUAUCAGAGCAGAUGAUGUGAAGAGAAUCACUGUGGCUGGUCAAAAUUGUGCCUUUGAACCAAAACGGUACUCUGUAUCUACUCGGAUUGUGUGUGCGAUUGAGGCUGCAGAGGAGCCCUUCACUGGGGGUGUUGAGGUGGAUGUCAAUGGGAAGCUUGGCCGUUCCCCAUCCAGUGUUCAGUUCACCUAUCAACAACCCCAGCCCCUCAGUGUGGAGCCACGCCAGGGACCACAGGCAGGUGGUACCAUGCUGACCAUCAAUGGCACCCACCUGGACACAGGCUCUAAGGAGGAUGUGAGGGUGACCCUCAAUGACGUCCCUUGUGAAGUGACGAAGUUUGGGGCACAGCUGCAGUGCAUCACAGGCCCCCAGUUGGCACCAGGCCAGGUGGCCCUAGAGAUCUCCUAUGGGGGCUCCCGCGUGCCCAGUCCUGGCGUCUUCUUCACCUACUGUGAGAAUCCAGUGCUACGGGCCUUUGAGCCAUUGCGAAGCUUUGUCAGUGGCGGCCGGAGCAUAAAUGUUACUGGCCAGGGCUUCAGCCUCAUCCAGAAGUUUGCCAUGGUUGUCAUUGCCGAGCCCCUGCAAUCUUGGCGACGGCGGCGGGAGGCUGGACCCCUGCAGCCCACAACGGUCAUGGGCACCGAGUACGUGUUCUACAAUGACACCAAGGUGGUCUUCUUGUCCCCGGCUGUCCCUGAGGAGCCUGAGGCCUACAACCUCACUGCACUGAUACAGAUGGAUGGUCACCGUGCCCUGCUGAGGACUGAGGCUGGUGCCUUUGAAUAUGUGGCAGAUCCCACCUUUGAGAACUUCACGGGUGGUGUCAAGAAGCAGGUCAACAAGCUUAUCCAUGCCCGGGGAACCAAUCUGAACAAGGCUAUGACACUGCAGGAGGCUGAGGCAUUUGUGGGUGCUGAGCGCUGUAUCAUGAAGACACUCACUGAGACUGACCUGUACUGUGAGCCCCCUGAGGUGCAGCCCCCACCCAAGCGGCGGCAGAAGCGAGACAUGACACACAACCUACCUGAGUUCAUUGUAAAGUUUGGCUCCCGUGAGUGGGUGCUAGGCCGAGUAGAAUAUGACACACGUGUGAGUGAUGUGCCUCUCAGCCUCAUCUUGCCUCUGGUCAUUGUUCCUAUGGUGGCUGUCAUUGCUGUAUCCAUCUACUGCUACUGGAGGAAAAGCCAGCAGGCUGAGCGUGAGUAUGAGAAAAUUAAGUCCCAGCUGGAGGGCUUGGAGGAGAGUGUGCGUGACCGCUGCAAGAAGGAGUUCACUGACCUGAUGAUUGAAAUGGAAGACCAGACAAAUGAUGUGCAUGAGGCGGGCAUCCCCACGCUGGACUACAAGACCUACACUGACCGCGUCUUCUUCCUGCCCUCCAAGGAUGGUGACAAGGAUGUCAUGAUCACCGGCAAGCUGGAUAUCCCCGAGUCACGGCGGCCCGUUGUGGAGCAGGCCCUCUACCAGUUCUCUAAUCUGCUUAACAGCAAGUCCUUCCUCAUCAAUUUCAUUCACACCCUAGAGAAUCAGCGGGAAUUCUCAGCUCGUGCCAAGGUUUACUUCGCUUCUCUGCUGACUGUGGCACUGCAUGGGAAGUUGGAGUAUUAUACAGACAUCAUGCGCACACUCUUCCUGGAACUCAUGGAGCAAUACGUGGUGGCCAAGAACCCAAAGCUGAUGUUGCGCAGGUCUGAGACAGUGGUGGAGAGGAUGCUGUCCAACUGGAUGUCCAUCUGUCUGUACCAGUACCUCAAGGAUAGUGCAGGGGAGCCCUUGUACAAGCUUUUCAAGGCCAUCAAACAUCAGGUGGAGAAGGGGCCAGUGGAUGCUGUUCAGAAGAAGGCCAAGUACACCCUCAACGACACGGGACUGCUGGGGGAUGAUGUUGAGUAUGCACCUCUGAUGGUGAAUGUGAUUGUUCAAGAUGAAGGUGUUGAUGCCAUCCCAGUCAAGGUCCUCAACUGUGACACCAUAUCUCAGGUCAAGGAGAAGAUUAUCGACCAGGUGUACCGCACACAGCCCUGCUCCUGCUGGCCCAAGCCUGACAGUGUGGUCCUUGAGUGGCGUCCUGGGUCCACAGCCCAGAUUCUGUCUGAUUUGGAUCUGACCUCUCAGCGGGAAGGCCGGUGGAAGCGUAUCAAUACUCUCAUGCACUACAAUGUCCGGGAUGGAGCCACUCUCAUCCUGUCCAAGGUGGGGGUUUCCCAGCAACCAGAGGACAGCCAACAGGACCUGCCUGGGGAGCGUCAUGCCCUUUUGGAGGAGGAGAACCGUGUAUGGCACCUUGUGCGGCCAACUGAUGAGGUGGAUGAAGGCAAGUCCAAACGUGGCAGCGUGAAAGAAAAGGAGCGAACCAAGGCCAUCACAGAGAUCUACCUGACGCGACUGCUCUCGGUCAAGGGCACGCUGCAGCAGUUUGUGGACAACUUUUUUCAGAGUGUGCUGGCACCUGGGCAUGCAGUGCCACCUGCAGUCAAGUACUUCUUUGAUUUCCUGGAUGAGCAGGCAGAGAAGCAUGACAUCAGAGAUGAGGACACCAUCCAUAUUUGGAAGACCAACAGUUUACCCCUUCGGUUCUGGGUGAAUAUCCUGAAGAAUCCGCAUUUCAUCUUUGAUGUGCAUGUCCAUGAGGUGGUGGAUGCCUCCCUGUCAGUCAUCGCACAGACCUUCAUGGACGCCUGCACGCGCACAGAGCACAAACUGAGCCGUGAUUCUCCUAGCAACAAGCUGCUAUAUGCCAAGGAGAUCUCCACCUACAAGAAGAUGGUGGAGGAUUACUACAAGAGCAUUCGGCAAAUGGUGCAGGUCAGCGACCAGGACAUGAACACACACUUGGCAGAGAUUUCACGGGCACACACAGACUCCUUGAACACACUCGUGGCGCUGCACCAGCUCUACCAGUAUACACAGAAGUACUAUGAUGAGAUCAUCAAUGCCUUGGAGGAGGACCCUGCAGCCCAGAAGAUGCAACUGGCCUUCCGCCUGCAGCAGAUUGCUGCUGCACUUGAGAACAAGGUUACUGACCUCUGACCAUCUGUGCUGCCUUCAGAUGCAGCAGUGGAUGCACCCAAGGCAUUUGGAGGGGUGCAGUGGGCCCACCUCUUGUAGACUGUAGCAUCUUUCUCCUGAGCAAUACUGCCUGGGCGCCCAAGCCAGCACCAGCUCCUUCCCAUGGCACCAGCAUUGGGUGUUCUCUGUGUUGUCUCCUGAGUGAUUUGCAAACGUGCCUUACAAAGCCACGCCAGGCCACUGGGGAUAUUGGGACUUCAGCCUCCCCUUUCUGUGCACCAGCAGCCUCCUCAAGAUACCCUGGGUUUGUUGGCCCUGGGAGAGAUCUGAGACCAGCAGGUCCCUGGGCCAGUUCCUGGACUGUGUCUGUUUGCCAGAUGGAAGGAGGAGAAAAAGCGGUACAAUGCCUUCCUGACCUCACCUGGCCUCCCUGUGGGGCGCAGGCACUCCAGGUGAACUCGAGGGCUGUCAUCGGCUCCACCUUAAAGGUCAAACUGGACGUCAGACGUCGGGGCCCAGGUGGCCAUAAGGACCCAGAAGCCUGGUGGUCCUGAUCUCAGCCUGUCAAACAGGCUGUCUUGGAGGCCUGUCUGGGAGUGGUAGAGCAGCAGCUCUUCCAGGACUACCCAGCCCUUUUUGUAAAUUUUGAUUGUAAAUACAAUAUAGCUGUCUUUUUAA